AUGUCAAAAGCAUAUGAUCAAGUAAAUAUUUAUAUGCUCAGAAAGGCUAUAGAAAGACUACUUUCUACCAGAAGUCUCAGCUCUCUUAUUAUCAUCUCACCCUUAUUAGGCUAUCAAAGCUGA